UUAAUUCAAGGGACAAAAUAUUUCAACAACAAACUCUAAAUAGUAAAGUAUAAAAGCUAAAAUUAGUAAAACCCUUCCAUACCAAAUAAGUGAAAACGAAAUUGUGCAAACGGAAACCGGGAACCAUGUCAUGACCAUGACCACGCGAGCACAUACCGGAACUUGGUAUCAAAAAUUUGAUAUGGUCAUGUUGUUAAAUCCGUAAAUAUGUCGGAAAGAAAGUCUGGGUGUUGUGGUUUAUUUUAUUGUGAAUGUAUUGUAUUUUGAUGCUGAACUAAUUGUCAUGGGAAAAGAGCAAGAAUUAAUCCUAGCUGCCAAGACGGGAAAUGUUGCCCAAAUUGAUAAAAUUUUAAGUCAAAGAGCUAAGAAGUCUGGUCCACUUCUCAGUAUACGAAAGUCGGUUGGUCCUAACUGUCAAGAUAACAAUGGUUGUACACCGUUGCAUCAAGCAGCUUUAAAUGGGAAAAGAGAUGCAGUUGAAAUGUUGCUAAAGUAUGAAGCAUCAACAAAUAUUCCAGAUUUUGCAGGAAGUUAUCCAUUGCAUUUGGCAGCUUGGAAUGGAUAUGCGGAAGUGGUGGAGCUUUUGCUUAAUCGUGGACCUUCCAGAGCCAAUGUCAAUGAAACGAACAACAAUAAUGAGACAGCUCUUCAUUUAGCUUGUCAAUAUGGCCAUAACAAAGUGAUUGUAGUCUUACUUGAGUGUCUUGCAAAUCCUAAUUUACGUAAUUCAAAGAAUGAAUCAGCAUUAGAUCUUGCUGCUCAAUAUGGUAGAUUGGAUGCAGUUAACUAUCUUUUGACAUAUUUUCCUACAUUGGCAAAGGCAACCAUCAGUAGCCACUCUCCCAUACAUUUAGCAUCAAGAAAUGGCCAUUAUGACAUUGUGAACACUUUACUAAAUAAAGGAAUGUCAGCUAAUCUUGAGUCUAAUGAUGGUACACCUUUACAUGUCGCUGCUCUUUUUGGCAAGAGUAAUAUUGUCAAACUUCUACUACAAAAUGGUGUUGAUAUUAACUUACGGGACAAAAAAGGACAAACUGUUAUGGACUUAUUAUCUGCAAAUCCUUCUCAAAGAUCUCGUGAAAUUACGGCUAAGAUAUACACACACAUUCAAAAUGAAGAGAAAUCCUCUUACUAUGGAGGAAAGAGUCGGACAGUAUCCGAUGCAUGCAAUUUAGGAAAUCAAAGUUACGAUGAAAUACCUCCACCACGUCCGAUAUCUGAGUUUGGAAACUCGUCUCCAAAGGUUCAUCAAUCUACACGUUAUGAUGAAAUUCCUCCUCCAUUGUCCUCUGGAAAAACAGAGAGAUUGGGUUAUACAGCUGAGGAAGCAGUUACAGGCGUCUACGAUAUUGUCCCACCAGCGGUUUCAUCAAGGAAGAACUCAAACGAUCAUUUAUCUCAGACAACGAGACGGCAAAGUUACGAUGAAGUACCAACACCACGAUCAAUAAAUGCCAGUCAAAAACCCAACAUUACGAACUCGGUUGCUACAAGAAAGGACUCAUCGCCACAAAACUAUGACUUUGUCCCUCCGCCCCGUCAGGCUUCUGAACUCGUCAAUACAAAUCAUACAGUUCUCCGUGGUUCUCAAUCAUUGAAUGUUGGAAUGUCUGAAUAUAAUGUACCAUUUAAUAACUCUCCACGCAAAACAAAAGCUGUUGAAAGUUCGUAUGGGAUGUUUAACAGAAGUAAGAGUGCAACUAUGCCUGCCAAGAUUCGCAGUGCUUAUGAAAUGGCCUGUUUAUCAGCGAGUAAUGUUAACAAAAGUCAACAGGUAACAGGUAUAUACGGUCUUGUUCAAGCUCCCAUAAGUGACAGGCCAAUGUUUGCUGUGCGUUCAUCAGAAAAUCAAAACGUUCGAAGCUUCACUCAGCAAAAUGAUAAUAUGGAAAAGCAGAAUGAUGUAGUCGAUGCUGGUAGACAAUUAUCGUCUAAGAAUCAACGUGGCAACUUUGAUUCAUCUUAUGAAUUUGUGGAGUUACCGUACUCUAAUGAAGAACCUAAAAGUAACCCGUCUUCUCCAAUAUCGAUUCCCUCGCAACACCGCUCGUUACCACGUAAUACUUCGUACGAUACCGUUGUUUCAUCUCCUCCUAGACGAGUUGAACCAAUAGGAGCUUCUGAAUCGCCAUACGGAAAUAUUGAUGUUCCUAGAAAUUUAGAGGAUAGAAAAGCAGGCGAUGGUUUAGUUGGAGGAAGAUUAGAGACUCGCAGUGAUCCCGAAGGAGCAAAAAAACGAGAUCUUUCAUUUUCUCCUGCAAAAAGAAUGACAGAUUACGAAAAUAUUGUUAUUCCACCACGCAAGGGAAGCAUAAACGCAAAAACAGACAUGAUCUAUGAAAAUGUGCCAGCCUCUCCUGCAAACUACGAAUUCAACAUCCCUAGAUCUCAUCAAAAUUCGACGGCUUUUGCCACACGUGUUGAAAGAGAAAUGGAACGAUCAUCACCAUCCAUACAAGAUAUUAAAUACAGUCCAACGUCUUUUCUUUCUAAAUCAUCGCCUUCUGAACGUCGUACGACAGAUUAUGAGAACUUUGAACUACCUUUUCGAAGUCCAACUCGCGCCAGUCCGUCCUCAAAGUCACGCAACGCUUAUGAAAUUUUGCCACCGCAUAUCUUGCAUGCUCCUGUUGAACCUGGAAGUCCCAAACCAGAUGCUCAAGGGAGAGUAAGACCCCCUCUUCCUAAACCAUAUCGUCAAAAAAGUCAAACCCAAAGCGAACAGAAAAAUUCUGCUGAAGAUGAUUACUGCACAUUAAGAGAGGCUUUUUCUGGAGUCACGAGUCCUACCGAUGAAUUCAAUUCUCCUUAUCCACCUUUUUCCCCUCCUUCACCAACAACGGCCUGUGACGUGCUUCUGCAUGCCUUCGAGGCACAGGCUGAGCGUAAUACUGAAGAAAGUGACGAGAGUAACCGAACAACCUCUGAUACUCUUGACGAUUCCCGACCUCGAAACAGGUCCUUAAAGUACGAGAAUGUGAUGUUUGAUCAUCCAUCUGCGUCUAAAUUAGAUGAAGACUCUGGUGCGAAUACGAGCGAAAGCAGACAUAAGGAAAAUCUCCGAUUAAGUUCUUUAGGUGAUGGACCCAUUGAUGAAUAUGAAGAAUGGAAAAAAAUAGAAAAUUUUAUGAAUAUUCUUGGCGAAGAAAUUGGCGAGGAACGUAAAGAAGUCGAACACACGACAAGUGAUGUUGGUAAGUGGUUGAGUGGUUUUGAUCUUGGCUUGUAUGAAUCGUACCUUUUGGCCAACGGAUUUGAUGACAUCGAGUUUCUGGCUGGUGGUAUAUUAGAGGAACAAGAUCUUCUUCAAAUGGGCGUACUCGAUCCUGUUUAUAGAAGAAAAAUAUUGGAUAACGUUGCGCAGCUUCCGCUGCCUCCACGUGUCGGAGUAAAUAACUUUAAACCAAGUACUGUUGAAGAAUGGCUAAAUGCUUUGCGUCUGGAGGAAUAUCUUGAUCUCUUUCAUCAAAAAGGUUAUGAUUCUAUUGACAGAAUAAAACAAAUGUGGGAACUGGAACUGGAGUCGAUAUUAGCAAUUCACACACUAGGUCAUAGAAAGCGAAUUUUGGCUUCAUUACCGGAGGUCAAACGACGUGACACCUUGAUUGUAUCAGCUGAGGACAUCAAAGAUCGCUUAGCUGAGAUUGACGUGUUUGGAGGUGAACGAAGAGAGACUUUGGAUAUGGUCAAUCCUGGGAUAUAUCAAUGGAAAUCCUCUGGUUUUCAUCAACAUUCUUCCACAACAGACGGCAGAAAUGCCACGGAAAUAGUACAGUUUAAAGAAGAGCAAAGUCACAAUGAUUUAUCACAAAAUGGAAAAACAUCGAGAGACGGUGAACGAAAACAUCGACAACAACAACAGGAGAUACCACAACCAAAAUUUAUGCAUAAACAACAAAAUCAGCAGAAAGAACAUGCGCAACUUCCCUCACAAGUGCAAGCGCCACCACAAAAAUCGGAACAACAACAACAGGACCCUACUAAGGUCAAUAUUCAAAGGAACGGUAGUCGUUCACCACAAUGGAAUCACCCUCCUGAGGCAUUGCUGAGGGGAAGUGUCAAUUAUACAACCAAGUAUCUUGGCUCUCAUUUCAUCAAAGAUAUAAUUGGAGAAUCAUCAACCAUUGAGGCUUGCAGAAAAAUGAGGAUGUCCACACAGAAACUUCAAAAGAUUCCUGCUGUGAUUCUAUCAAUAUCUGUAACUGGAGUGAGAUUUAUUGACGCCAAGUCUAGGAUCGUAAUUAGCUCACACUACAUCCACAACAUAUCAUAUUGUACUCAAGAUCUUGAAGAUCGCUCUGUCUUGGCUUACAUCGCUAAAGAUCAAAAGGCAAAUGCACAUUAUUGUCAUGUUUUUAAAGUUCACAAUUCCGCAGUAUCUGAUGAAAUUGUAAUGACCUUGGGACAAGCUUUCGAGCUUGCCUAUGAGCAAUACACGCAUGCGCAAUACACUAGCGGAAACAAAUAAAGACAUGGCCAGUGAGUGAUGUUUCUUGCCAAAAUGAAAAUUAACAGCAAUAGCAUUUAUCGCCUUUUACAAACCCUUUUUUCUCCUGUUGCGUUUUUCAUUCAACCAAAAAAGGAAUUUUUUUUAAUUAUGUUCAGUGCAGCCUUAUCGUAGGUGAAGUCAGUAUCGCAUGUUUUAGUCCUGCUAUGUAAACUUCCCGAACAUGGUCGUUAUUGUUUUCACAGUGAUCAAACACAUAAAAUUUAUGUAGUACGACUAAAUAAAUGGGUUUGGCUUCAUCGCUGAACCUAACGCACUCUUUUUAACAGUAAAACGUCCAACAAUGAAACGACCGUCAGAAGAAAAGGUGGAACCUCAAACAAAAUAACACAACCUAGUUUUUUAGGCAUUUUCUUUUGCCUUCCAUGUAUAAUUUUAGCCGUGGGCUAUAUCUUUUGAUAUUAAAUAUUUAUAGUAUUUAAUGUUCUUUUAAAAGCACAUUUUUGUGCUUCAAUAUUAAUUAUCACAAUUGCUAGGCCAUAACUUGUAGUAUUUCAAAGAUGAAAGCAACAUAUAUUUUGAAGUGAAAUAGCAAUUUAUUUUAUAUGUUAGAGGUAUUCAUUAGUAGAAUCAAUUUAUUUUUUACCUCAGCUGUACAUUCGCGAAAUGAAAUAUAAUAUUUUUUUAAGAACAGUAA